UCAGUUGUAUUGAUUUCAAGGCUGCCCUACGUCAACCUGUUCUCAGAAGUGGUGAGUCUCACUGAGUGUUGUAUCUUAUUCAUGUCUCCUUUCAGGGAGGGGACAGCAGUGGGAGAAGGUAGGAAAGAAGUAGAAGCUAGGGAGUGGGAGGUACAUGUUAGGGAAAGUGAGGCAAGGAGUAAAAGGAAGUGGUGAGGCAAGGGGUAGAAGGAAAGAGGACACAGAAAUGAAGGGAUUGGGGAGAUGGAAGGAGACAUGGGUAACAAUGGAUAACAGAGGGGUGAAAGGAUAAACAUAGAGGGAGGUUGAAAGAGGAAAUGGGAGAGAAGGGGUUGGGGGAUGUGGAAGGUAGAAGAAAGUAAGGACAGGUAACAGGGGCCUGAGGGUGGAUGCUGAGGGAAGUGUAGGAAAGAGGACAUGGAAGAGGAAGGGACAGGAGGAUGUUGGGGAUGAAGGAGGUAGGGUUAUGGUAGAUGCUGGAAGGGAGUAGGAAAGAGUGUGUGGAAGAGGUGGGGAGUAAGGACAUGGAGGAGGAGGAAGUUUGAACAGGCAAUAGGUUCAUGAGAGGGCUAUGGAGGAAGAGGGAACUUGGGUGGGGCAGAAGGGAGGCAAAUGGAAAAUCUAGGAGGGUGCAAGGUGUGGAGGAAGGAGGGGUUGGACAGAGUAAGAAGAAAUAGAGGAGAGGAUGAAGAGAAAAACAAAAUGAAAGAUCAGCUAUCUUUUUUAAGGGCUACUCUUAUUCAUUUUAUUUGAAAUCAUUAACAGGGAGGUGGUAAGUUCAUUAUUUUGCAAAUGGUUUUUGAGUAAAUCAUUUUGAAUUUUUGUGGGAUGUGUUCUCCUUCCUUGUCAACAGGUUCAGCUCAUAGCUCCAAGCUUCUUUGAGAAUGGAGAACUCUCCUUAGAGACAGGUAUUAUUCACAAAACAAAUCUUCAUUAAAAAAGGCUGUGGUUAGAGUAGCUUUCUUGUCCCAGAUGAAAUUCAUGAACACUUUCAAUUAUUUUUGGCAGUUUGUCAUGAUAUUGAUCAGUGGCCCUACCCUGAGGCUGGACACACCCUACAGCUACCCCUGAUGGGAAACGUCAUGCAGGUAUCAAAAAUAAUUUCUAUUUAAAACGUUAUUUGUUAAUAUUUUGUUAUCUAAACAACUGCAAUGUAUAUGUAAACUUAAUAACAGGUGACCUCAGUCUUAACCCCUAAGAAUGUGCGGCUUCUAAUUUCUCCACACAGUAUCUGCCUUUAAUCAAAUGUUAAGGCCAUGAAAAUAAAGGAAAUGAUGAUGAUAAUCAUCACCAUUCAUUUGCUUUUUCUAACAAUUACAUGAAAUAAAUUUAUAGUAUUGUAAUUGUAAGGCAGGGAGACCUCAAGAAACCACUGGGCUUAUGGGAGAGGCCACCUCACACACAACAAUAUGCUAAAAAAGAAUAAGAGUUGCAAAAUGGACAGCUUGGCCAAUUCAGUGAUUAUUUUUGUUAAAAGUCUCACAUUUUUGUUUUAAAACUAAGGAGACUCAACAUUUUGAAUGAGUGAGACAGGUUCACCAACUGAGGAAACUCCUGAUCAUCAAACAAAUUCUCUUUGUCUAUAUUGUAGGAGAUAACAUAGAGAACAGUGUAGAGAAUUCAAUACUCAUGUUAGGGUGUAGAGGGUUAAUCCUUUGAUUCCCAAGAGUGACCAAAAAGUAAUUUCUCCUUUCACCAUCAAUGCAUUUUAAAGCAGAAGGGAUUAGAAGAAAGAAGAUUAUGAACUAGGGAAUUUUGUCUGAGUUAACACCAAACUGUCAAAGCUAAGAUUACGAGAAACAUGAGACAGUGAGUAGAAUUCAUAUUUAGGUCUUGAAAUGGUGGCCAGGGAUGAAAAUGGUUUCAAAAAAAAUUUUUAUAAUUGAAAAAGGGGUAACUGACAAAUAGUUAGGUAUACUUUGUAUACCCUGUAUACCUUCGUGAAGGGUUAAUACCAUAUUGAAUAUUAAUAAAUACCACACAGGUGAAUAGUAUUUUUUGCACAUGGUGAUUGGCUAGUUUGGAAGUGAAUAGUGAGUACUAUUCACUUCCAAACAGAUGAUGAGACAAAAUCAGGUGUCAAGGGGUUGAUUUCCGAUGAUUUUUUGGAAUAAACUUACUUUUUAGGUAUCUGUGUGCUAUAAACAAUUAUUUACCUCAGUGUUGGUGAAAGUGGUGGAUAUUUACCUUCAGGGGUGAAACUGUAAGCAGAAAUUAGAAGCUACUUAGUCACUAUCAGUGGUCAAAAGGUUACUGUGUAAUUCAGGAGUGAUAUUUUAAGGAGAAAUUAGAUGCCAGUCAGAGGCCAAGAGUUAAUUGAUAAUAGCUGAUAUAUAAUUUUUAUCUUAAUGUGUUCCAAUUUUUUAGGUUCGAGUUCCAUCAAGAGGGACAAACCAGGAGCUGUUUCCUCACCAGACCAUCCUCUUCCUAAUCAUAUUGUGGUGUGUUGAGUUUAUUAAUGAUUAAAUUUGAUUUGUUAUCAGUGAACAGUGUGAGAGAUACAGAAACUGAUUUGCUUUUUGUUCAUUUUCAGCCACAGAUGCCAUCUCCUAAGGUUAUCCCAACUCUGAAGGACCCAGACAUCUUUAGGUACUGCAACUAGCUUUGCUCACUGGUAGCCAUACUUUGAAAAUAAAACCAUCAUAGUUCCCACAUAGCUAAAACUGAUAGCUAGAACUUUAAACUUUAACUUUCAGGGGAGCAGGGAUGGCACGGUGGUGAGAGGGUUAGCCUCUCUCCACUGUGGCCCAGGUUCAAUUCCCGGACCUGGUGUCACAUGUGGGUUGAGUUUUUAUUGUUUCUUCUUGUCCCUGCUUCAAGGGUUUUUCUCCAGUUCCUCCAGUUUUCUUCCUCCACAAAAACCAACAUUCUAGGUUCCGAUUCAGCCUGAAAACAGUGGAAAAGAAGAGCCACUUUGGAGAAUGUCCAAUGCAAAAUCCCAAUUAUUUAUUUAUUUUAUUUAAGAGUAGUAAUUAAAAAAAGUAAAUAAAUGCUGUUCAGAUUUCUCUUAUUACACGAUUUUACAUUUUAAGUGAGGUAUUUCUUGUUCCUUACAGUCAGGGAUUGGAGGCUUUUGUAGCAUGCUACCCUUAAAAUCCUAGAUUUGCCCCCAGUGAUCAAGACAUGCCCUCCCUAAUCCAUCCUGAUUUCCAGACAGAUUAGAGACAAUGAACAAUUAAUUGUAGUUGUUUAUAACAUUUAUUUGAUUUUGAUUUUCAGAUGCUUGCAAUCAGUUCUUCCACAUAUUCAUCUCUUAUGGGAGUUAGCAUUGACCAAUGAGGUAGUACAGAACUUUAACUUUCUAUAGAUUCAAUUAACUUUUGGUAUGGCAUCCCUUUAUUAAUGGAUUUAUGCUUCACUUCCUUCCUAUCAGCCUAUUGUUGUGAUGGCUCCUUCACCUACAAUUUGUUCAGAGACUGUUCAAGCUCUUGCAAGGUAAAUGAAUUAUUCUGGAGUCACAGAUCCAGAACACACAGUUCAUAGUACACAUAAUGUAUGCAUUUUGAUUUGUACAUGUAUCUAAUGAUAUGGUGGAAGUAAAUAGAUCUAAGUUGGGGAGUUUCAAAAGCCUGCUAAAUUUAUAGUCAGUAUGUUUUCGUAUAACUGUGUAUGAUAAGCCAAACAAAAUAGAACUUUGUAUGUGCAUGUUUGAAAAAUGAAGUUCACAGUAACUCUGUGAUACCAAAAUAUCAAGUGCUAUCUUAUUACGAAGACGUUCUUUUCAGAGAGGAUUUAGGACACUUGCACAAAACAAAGGCAAAAUAAUUAUUUACUUAUAAUAAGGUGGCUAACACCAUCACGUUCUUAAAAAGAGCAUUUUCAUUGGGUGUUGUAAGAUCAAAGCCAAAGUAAUCAACAGCCAAUCAGGAGCCCUUGAGAACUCAGAUGGAAAACAGGCAAUUGUUUAAAGAGAGCAUUUUAUGUCUUGGUGGAGACUGCAGCAGCAACAAUGUUGAGUUAUACAAAGUUGUGUCAAGGUCCUGGGCAGGGGUUUGUUUCCUAGUUCCACUUUUUCUUGCAUGCUCAUUGCACAAUGCACCAUGACUACAAGUAAACAUGCUCUGUUAAUCUCUAGCUUGUUUCCUUUAUCACUGGACCUGUUUCUUCAGACAGUGCCCUAGAAACAAUGGCAUAAGUUUUCAAAACUACAGCUGCAGUGUAAUGACCUGAUAUGAAGCAAACAUUUCCUUUUCAGAAAAUGAUGUCUGACUGAUUAUUUUGGGUCACUUGCAGUGAAUUAAGAGAUUACUGAAAUGUUCAUUGUAUAGGGCUGAUCAAGAUGGUUGUUUGUUUGUUUUUUUAUAGUUUGAUCUCACCGUUACACUACUGUGCAGAUUACAGACCGUUCUUCACUAUUCAUGACACAGAGUUUAAGGAAUAUACCACAAGAACCCAAGCUCCGUAAGUUUUUCAAAUCUCUCUGCAUUAGUAUUUAAUUCUGAUAAAUUGUUGUCCUUAAGGAUGAGGUAAGUUAAGUUAGCAUCUGUGAUUUUUCCCCCAUGGGCAUACUCUUUAAAUUAGCAUUUUGAUUCCGAGCCAGAGAUCUCUAUGGCAUAAUGGUGAAUAGAAGGGAAGUAAUGCCAAUGAUAAUAAUAAUAAUAAUAAUAAUGAUAAUAAUAAUAAUAACUAAUAACUAAUAAUAAUAAUAAUAACUUAUAAUAAUAAUAAUAAUUUGUAAUAAUAAUAACUUUGGAUUGUAACUGUGAUUUUAGGCCAGGAGUCAUUCUUGGGGUCACAAAUCCUUUCUUCGCCAAAACUCUUCAACACUGGCCGCACAUGGUCAGAAUAGGAGAAAUGUCAAAUCUUGGUAAGUGUCUUUCUGAGUUUUGGAAACUCAGAUAAUUGCAUUGUAAGCUAUGAAUACCCAGUCAUUAUGCAAACCUUUAGUAGUCUACUCACCUGCAGCAUAGGAGAUGUGUUAACCUAACAGUUAGUCAGCUGGAUGCUGAAUCUGAUCUUUGUGUUGUGUUCUUGGGCUAAACUGUUUACUCUUAAUCACCUCGUCACCUAGUUGUCCUGUUUCACCAAUGUAUUACUUUUAGCAAUAAGUGCAAGUUAUACAAUAGAUGACAUUGGCGCAGGUGUACGUGAAGUGAUCAGCGAUCUUAAUGAAGCUCUCGGGCCCCGACAUGAAAGCAAACACAAGUUUCAUGCAAUAGACAGACAUGUUUGGUUGUCACUUAUUGAUGUUAUUUGUGAUUGGUCAUUAAAAGAUGCAGCAUGGAAUCUAUUUGUAAAAUCAGGGCAAGUAGGUAUUGAUAGACAUCAAGCAUUUUUCGUCAUUCAUUGCUUUUAGUUACCUCGGUUUUCCUAUAAUACCAUUAAGAGGCUACAGAGUAAGAUUCCUUCCCCCCACCCCUCCCCGACUGGACAAUCUUGCUCAUGCCCCUUAACACGGCGUUUCGGUGUAUUAGUUUCAGGACUGACUGACUGUCAUUCUUCUCAUUUCUUCUAGUUAUAUCAUCAAGGAGAUCUCCCGGUGUUGGUCAAAAUGCCAAAAGAACGUUGUCGUCAAAGCCAGGUAAAGUAAUGGCGUGAUUGUGGUAUAGGAGAACUUAAUAAUGAUAUCUCUGACGAGGAAGGUUCAAAAUCAGGUUAUUUUAUCUUUUCUUUUAUUUCUAGCCCAAUCUGCUUCACCCACUCACUCCCAGGAACUGUACCUCUGAAAACUGCAGAAAAAUCUGCAAGAUAAUAAUUUUCCAAAUUCUAAACACCUGUGUUCGUGACAAAUUUUAGGGAGAAUUUCUCAAUUUUUUUCCUUGGACUUGGAAUGAAAGAAAUGACCGAAAGCUUUAAGUUAAUAUUUUCUAACCAACUGGACAAGAAAUUCAGAAAGCUGAAGCUUGUUUGCUUCACUUUCGAAAGCCAUGAAUUAGAAGACAGCCAAAUUUUACCCUGCAAAGAGUCACAUUUUUAGUGCCGCAAGAUGCUUUUUCUGCUCUUGAGACCAGUUGAGGAGAGUUUUGUGAGGGGAGUGGCACUCAUGUUUCUCAGUGCUAGAUGCGUUGGAGACCCCUUGCUGGCUUGCGUUGUUCAAUGUCCUAGACAUAACCACGGGCGAAGCAACAGUCGUGCAGUAGUAAUGAGGGCGUGCUCACAAGAUUUUAACAAGAAACUCCAAAGAUUGGUAUACUGCCAUAAUUUUUAUAUUUAGAGCCUUUUAUUUCGCUUCAGGAAUUUACACAAAGUACAAGCAAUUUCUAUCAAAGGAUAAACUUAUAUUUAGAAGACUAAGCAAGGUGUGUAUUGUGGUCUUAUGUGCUAUAAUACCCUUAGAUGUAACAGUAAACUUUAAUCCAUACAACUGCGCCGUUACUGAAAAACUCAGAAAUAUAUGAAAUGGCUUUUGAAUGUCAAUUGAACGUAUAUUACAUAUUGCCUUGAAGAUCAUAUGUGUUUACUGAAAUGUUGUAUGAAUGUCAAGACAAAAAUUUUAGUUUUUCUGUUGCGUUUGUUACUUGUAAUCAACAGGGUAACCAUCCAAAAAGACCUCCGGAAGUUCAGGUAAUGACCAUGUUGAAAAUUAUUGGCUCUCUUUCUUGGUACACAAACCAUGAUGUCACUUCUUUAAAAUUUUGAUAAUUACCAUAAAUUUUUAAACUUCUCAACAAGUGUAAGCCCCCCUCCCCUCCCUAGAAGAGGAUAGUAUUAGAUAACUUGUUUCGAAAACACGGUUUUGUGACUGUGAUAACUUGGGCUAAUGUGUGUUUCCUUCCAUUUUUUUUUUGUUCACAGAAUGCCAUUUUAAGGAGACACAUGUUAGAACUUACACAGAGCUUCAUGAUUCCACUGGUAAGAUUACAAAAUAGUCUGAAACGGCCCUCGGAAAACACGCCUCAUGUAGGUCAAAUACAAAUUGCGGACUCCGACCUACUCCUUCCCCCCCUCAGGAUGUGUCUUAAUCGUUCUCUCCAGGCCACUCCCCUCCCCCAUUAUCCGUUCUGCAUUCUGUCCGACGCUUAUUUUUUCAUCUGUACCAUAAAUCAGAUUAAGAACAAGGAAUAUACCGAGGCAUUGAGGUGCAAGCUCGUAUUCGAAAGAGCCGUCCGGUUCGGUCCAAUUACGACUGAGUUAGUUAAAGCAAUUAUGAAUCUUUCUCAUAAAAAUGAACGACAAUGGUUUUUGAAUCUCAACGAAACAAGCCAGUGAUUUUCUCACUGAUUUAUGGUGUAUAAGACCAGUAAAUUGUUAUGUUUUAUCUACAUAUCGUAAACCCUUUAACUCCCACAAGUGAUUAAUAUGCAACUUCUCCCUAUAAUAUUCAUACAUUAACCAGCAAAUAAGUAUUGAGAGUACUCAGACUUAUCAGGUGGAAGUUGUUAUCUUGAUCUCGCACCAAAUUCUUGUAACUAAUUAACAAGGAAAUGUGCAGCAACCGAGGUGAGAAUUAACAAUCAGAUCAAGGGAGUUAAAAGUUUAAAGAUGAUACUCUCGUUUUUUUCUUGCGCAGGAAAGAUAUGUUGCUAGUCUUAUGCCUCUGCAAAGAAGCAUCUCUCCUUGGAAGGUAAGAAAUGGAUGCUAUUUGAUUUAAUGAUAUUAAUGUGAUAUUUCAAUCCCCUUUUGAUGGCAAAAUGCACAUGGCUCGCGGUGGAUUUGCUUUAGUUCGAAAUACGGAUUUCUGUUAAAAAUUCAUUGAUCGUUUUUAAUAGUGAUUUCCGUCCUUUUGAGCAUCAUUCUCAUUGUCUUUAUAGGUAUAUCUCAGUCAAUGUCAUAGUUAUUUACAUUAUCACCACUAUCUGGUUAUGUCUAGAAAUGCACGCGGUAACGAAAAUGGCAGAUUUGACAAAAUUUCGUCAAAUCGAGCGAAUGUUCAUGGAAUUGGCGAUUUUGGCGAAUUUUAGUCAAAUUCUUCAAAGCGAAAUCAGCUUAUCGGAUUUGACGAUUUUGGCGAAUGUUCGCCAUUUUCGUUACUGCAUGCAUUUCUGGACAUACCUCUCUCUAUCAUCAUUGCAGCUUUCUUUUCAUCAGUAUCUCCACUGUAUCUUUACUGUCAGCAUCUUAAAACUUUGACUCCAAUAAGUGACCAAGACAAAAUUUCUCCUUACAUUAACAAUAUAUACUAAGCAGACAAGUGAGGAGAAUAUAGAUAAAAUAUCAGUUAGCGAAUUGUUAGUUGAUCCAAAACUAAAUUCUCCGAACUGAUAUAAUGAGGAUUGUAUGAGGGACAGUAAGGAGAAUUAGUAAUGAGAUCUUAGGACUGAAAGGGUUUUUUCUGUUUUUCCAAAGCAUCCUCCUAGAUUGCAGCCUUUUGAUGCAGACGAAUUUCUCACAACUUUGGAGCAUUCUGGACCACAGUUGACAUCCAGGUUGAAGGGGAACUGGGUAGGACUGUACAGGUAACAAUGGAAAUUCGAUCACUUUAUGAAGUCUUUGACAAACAUAAUGUAAGGGAAAUUACUGAAAUAUGUUUUCAGUCGGAGUCUUACCAGUAAUAAGCCGUUCAAACGUCAAAUGCUUUUCUAUGGAGCUACAUAAAUAGAAUUUAACCCUCAGACUCGUAACUAAUAUAUCGUUAAUGAGGAUAUGAUCACCAAAGGAAAAAAAACGCUCUUGAUUGUUAAACAAAAAAAUUCUCCUUGUCAGCACCCCAAGAAAUGUGUAGAGACUAGAAUGGAGAAUAUGCAUACUGAUGUUAGGGUGUAAAGGGUUGAUAUACUCGAGGAGAGCUAAAAGAUAAAGUAGGCUGAUAUUAUUGGGAACUUGCCCUGCACGCGUUUAGGAUCUGAAUGUCGAUAAUGUUCUAUUUUGAGGACGAGAAAAUAAUGGUUGGUAAAGAAUUGUGCCCCUCUCAAUCAAGAGCAUCUUUGAGUUCGUAUCGUUUCCUUUCUUAUUUCCUUUGUUUUGACCAGCUGUUAUGAUUACUUUGGUUUUACAACACUCAAGCGAGGUACGCUUCAUGGAGGGAGUAGCUAGCGAAAAAAUUUCUCACGUACGUUUUGCCGAGUGAUAAACCUGACUUAAAACAAUUCGGCGACAGUUUUAAGAGCUUUUCAGCGAAUAUAUUACUUUGCGAUAAACAUCAAUUGACAGAAACUGCCUGAGCCUAACUAUUGCUUGUUAGAGGAAAUUUUUGACUUUAUGAAUUGGUCGCUUGCUGAUGUUUUGUUUUACCUGUUAUCUUAAGGAAAUUUUUUAGAUCUGCAAACUUUGAAGGUUGGUUGAGACAUCGGCAACAAGAGAUAAGACAGAAGCUGGAACUUCUUCAUCUAGAAGCCCUCGGAAAGGCUGUAAGUAGAUUUUUAUUCAAUAAUCCUUCGGACGCUAUUUUACAAUUUUUAGACGCUAUCGCUUGAUUUUGGACACCUUUGAUUUUGCGCUAUUGUCCAACCUCAGACGCCAAUAUUGACCAAUGUCGGACGGUGUCGCUUAAUUUUGGAUACGAUUGUCUGAUUUGAGAUGCGAUCGUCUUACGCUGCCAUCCGAUUUCGGACGCUAUUGUCUAAUUUUGGGCGGCAUCGUCCAAUUUCAGACACUAUCGUCCUAUUACAGACACUAGUGUCCACUACUGUGCUGUUUUGUUGUUGCUGUUGUUGUUGUUUUUCUUAAUGAGUUUUUCAUCCUCGUUUUUACGUAGGAUGUUGUAGGUUGGAUAAAAGACAAGCAGGAAGUUGAGACAGUUGAUCUGUUCUUACAGAUAAAAGAGAAGCUGGUAUGUUAAAGUUGUGCCUUGGCUUUGCUUUUGAUGGUUUUUCUUUUUUACUCGCGCGACAGACUGCGUCGAAAAUGAAGGACUUCCCGUAGUUUGUAGGUAAUUCAGUAUUAUUAACUGAGUUGAUAACGUAAUUGGGCCACCGUAAAGAGUUUCAAAGCUGACGUUUCGUGUGUUAGCCCUUGGUCAGAGCGAAUAACCUUUCGCCCUGACGAAGGGCUAACGCUCGAAACGUCAUCCUUAAAACUCUCUACGAUGGCCAAGUUACGUUAUCAACUCAGUUGAUAAUACUAAAUUACCCCGUUAUACUCACCCACUGACGCAGCACCACAUUUUCUUUAGAAACUUGGCUCCUUGUAAUGCUGUGUGAUGUGCUACAUCGAGAGUUUUCUUCUUGGAAUCUAAUCAGCUUUAUAAAUAUUUCAGGCUGGUUCAGCGUCUCUGUACCCUCCUGUGAGCCUUGAUGUCAAACAACAGUUGAAAGGUCACCUUUCAUCAAUUAUUAGAACUCUUCCUGAAGACCUUCAGUUUGUUUUAAAGAAUAGCUAACAACAAAGACUUAUUUACAAGGAGUACUCUUCGUUUUCAUGGAGAAAUACGCCUUCAAAAACAACAUUGCGUUUCCAAUGGGGAACUGCUACUAUAUUCACCUGCACCACUUAAAUCAUUUCCAACUUUGUGAUGCAUACAUAAAGGGGGUUCAUCAUUAACUCUGUAGGCACUUUUAAACAUUACAGUAAAAUUUUAUUUUUUCUAAGAAAAUAAUUGCUUUUCGCACGAGAGAGGUGGAUGUGAAAUUUAUUUUGCCUUUUAAAAUGUGAUAUAAAAGUUAAAUAAAUGUAUCAUAAAUUCUUUAAACGGCCAAUCAGAAGAGUGGAAAAUGCCCACAGCGCGGGAAAAAUGUGGGCGACCAAGUCGUCAGCGGUUUCAGUUUGGCAUCUAAUUGGUUAAGAGAGAGGCGCGAGUUUUCUGGAUCAAUCACAAAAAGAAGUAGAGUAACACCAAAGAAGUCUCGGAUUACUUCGACAUUCAAUUGGAAAAAUGCCUUUUCUCGUUAUAAAAAGUUAAUAUUAAAGAAAGAAUUAUUUAUGUUGGACCCGACCUUGAAACAACUAAAUGACAAUAUUUUGAUGAAUUUUCUUAUGGAGCGUCUGAAAUAUUUCGUGAUGAUUAAUAAGUGUAGUAGAUUUCUGUGUAAAUAAUAUGUAGAGUCUAUUUUUGUAAGUGGGAAGUUUUUAUUUUGGAAAUGGCGUAGCAUGUAAUUACAUUUUAAAGAUUUGUUAGCUCGGACAUUUGUUUCCAUCAAUGACAACUGUUGGCAACAGUGCUGUAUGUUUUAUUUUUAUACGUUCAUGUUUAAGGAUAUCUCCACCUUAGGAACAAAAUUGUUAGUUAUGUGAUCCGAAACGUAGAUUUGCUGUAAAAAGAGGGAAGUAAGCACACACGUGCAGUAUAACAUUAAAUAGAAUUGUCAGCCAUUUCGAAUUUUGAACAGGUGUUGUAGUAGUUUAUGUGGCAAUAAGAAGUAUACAAGCAAACACACACCGACAUUGCAACGCGUCUCACCUCUGCCUCCACGAGAUGCUACCUCGGUCGAUUUCCUUCUCCCUUUCAUCCAAUAUGGCGUCGGGCUCGGGCGAGUUCGGAGAUGACUAAUUACCACAAUGUCUACGCCAAGGAGAGUGAGUGAGUGAGACGCAUUUGCACAUCGGAGUUCUCGCAAAAUUCGUUCCUACGCUUCGCGUACCACGAGUUUAAAAGUCUGGGUUGAACGGCGAAAAAACAUUUUCAAAACAGUUCUAAAAGGUGAAAGCAGCAGAUUUCUUUAUCAUAAAUGAAAUUCAAUAAUUAAAUCCUCGUAAGAUCGACAAGACCAGUGUG